UGCCUCAGGUGCCUCCCAGAUUGUUCCCGUGCUGGACCCAGGAUAAAGUGGGAACUGAAACGGAUGCGGCUCCGGCAGAGGCAUGACAACAUGCCACACACCACAACAGCCUCUACUGUGCCUGCCCUGCGCCAGCCCAGCUAGCAUGCAGCAUAUUUUAGGGACCCUUGGGCCAGCCCCAGAAAGCCCAAGUCUGUUGUCUGUCUCUUGCACCCAGCAGCCCAACCUGGCGUGGCUCCGAGCAUUGAGCUGGGGGAAGCAGAGCAGGGCUGGCUCUCUGGAGUUCUGGGGUAGGCCCAGCCCUGUCUCCCUAGCAGUCCCGCCAUGCCCCCUGCCCCAUGCAGCCAGGUCUCUUGUCCACAGCACCCAGUUUAAGCCUCUGUCACGCCUUGCAUGAUGUUCACUCUAGUUAGCAGAGACAUCUCCCUCACACCUGCCGUGCCCUCACCUGUCCCAUCCUCUUCCUGUCCUGCAGGCCAGGCUGAGCCGCCUGGGCUUUGGGUUCUGUCCUCUCCCCCUCCUAUAGCAAGAGUGUCCUGUCUCUGAUGGUCCCCCGCUCUCACAGAGACAGCCUCUGCAUCUCACCAGCCUCUCCUCGUGUUUCCUGAGCAUGCCCCAGACCCCCACAUAAAGGACCCUCCAUCAACCCAGUAAUUCCCUCUAGGUCUCUCCCUUUUGCCCCAAAAUGGCCAAAUUCCCAGAAUAUCCACACCCACUGCCCGCAGCUCCUUGCCAUCGCUGUGUUCAGCAUCACUCCUGAGGGGCUGUGCCCACCCGGACCACCCAUCCCCCUGGUGCACCUCAGAUGCUCUCGGUGUCCGUGGGGUCUCAUUCUCAUAUGGGGGGUGGGGCUCCUUGGAACUUGAUCACAAGCCUUUUCUCCCCACACUUGUCCUUAACCAGCCUCGCCUCCUGAGCCCCAGCGUAUUGCCCGUGCACCAGUUAACCGCCAUCGGGUGUCAUAAUGGCACCUCAAGUUCCUCCUGUCAUGAUCUGAAUCCUCAGACUCCCCCUCCCCAGCUUCCUCUCCUACCCCCUUCCAUGACUGGCACCAUCCUGUGGCCCUAAUCCCAGCCAGAAGCCUGGCACACAUCACUGACCUUGGCUUCCUCCUCCCAGCCCCCACCCACGUGACCCCAGGACCUGUCAAUUCUCCCCUUUUCUCCCCUCCUCCCAGCAGUCACCUUCCUGAUGCAAAGGCACCAUCCUCUGCCCUAAGUCACUAAAAGAUUCCUCGACGCCCCCCUCCCGCCCCUCCAAUGUAACUAUACAUGACAACCAUGAGCUUUUAAGGACAUCGGAGCAUCUUUCUGAUACACAUAAGAGAACCUGAAUGCUUGUUCACGUCUCACUCCAGCUCGACCUUUCAUUUCCUGGGAUUCUCUGGGGCCCUUUGCACACCCUACUCAAAUGGGUUCUGCGUAUAUAUACAUACAAGACACCAGUUUGUGCCAGACACUGAGCCAAGAAAGGAGCCCAGCACAGUUCCUGCCCUCCUGGUGCUCCCUAGGAUGGGGGAAAAUUAAUAAAUAAAUGAACAAGAGGAUUUCUGACAGCGUUAAGUGUGAUGAAGAAAAGAAAACAAGGUAAUGUGAUCAGGAGUGCAGGUACAUUGGGAUGUGUGGGUGACUCAGUUAAGCAUCUGCCUUCUGCUCAGGUCAUGAUCCCAGGACCCUGGGAUGGAGCCCCGAGCAAGCUCCCUGCUCAGCGGGAAGGCUGUUUCUCUCCCUCCACCACUACCCACCCCUCCAUUUGUGUGCACGUGCACGCUCUCUCUCUGUGUCAAAUAAAAUCUUUAAAUUAAAAAAAAAAAGAACGAGGGGCACUGAGUCUGGCAAGGUGACAAGAAAGAAUAGGUCAAAGGAGAGCCUAGGGGAAAGGCUUUCAAGCAAUGGGAAGGGGGCCUGUAAAAGCCCCAGGUGUGAAAGAAUUUUAUGCCUAGGGACCAGCAGGGCAGCUCCUUGUGGCUGUCUGGUGGGGGUAGGCAGAGUGGUUUGAGAUGGGCCUGGGGCCAUAGUGAGUGGUAUGGAUUUUGUUCCAGGGCCUAGGGAAGCCACUGGAGGCUUUAAGCAUGAGAGUGACAUCAUCUGAUUUAUGCUUUUAAAAGAUCACGCUGGCAGCUGUGUUCCUCCCUCUCACUCACCGCUGAAUCUCCGGGGCCUAGAGCUGCUCCUGCCCAUAGUGAGUGAUCAAAAUAGGCCUUGAAUGAAUGCAUGCCCCGGACUUCCUGUGUGACCUGGAGGUACUCACUUCUCUCUCUGGACCUUAGUUUCCUCACCCGAGGGACAGUCGGUGGGAAUUUCACGCCAGAGUGGGUGGGCGGGACUUGGAUUUAGGUUUCCCGCCUCCCCAGGCGGCCCCGAGACCCGAGCCCUCCACUAGAGGAGACGGACUGCGGGGGGGUCAUCCCUCUGGGGGACCCUAAGCGACGCGCGGCGGCCCCACCCCGGCCUGGACCGCGGUCUGAAGGAUGCUGCAGCCCCGGGGGCGGGACCCGCAGGCGAUGGCCGGCGCCUCCCGCGCGGAUUGGGUGCAGCCGUGACCGGCACCGCGCUAUUGGUCGGUCCGGAAGCAGGGGCGGGGACUGGCUCCUGCAGCGCGGCGACCGGGACGCGGCCGGAGCCCGGGAAGCUGCUGCGGGGUGAUGGCCGCACCGAGCCCGGGGCCCCACGAGGUAGGUGCGGACCCAAGAGAGGACAGAAAAGGGAAGGGUUGUGGGACAGGACCCAGGCCUCCGUUCCCCGUGCAGCGCGGACACACCCCCAUCCAAGCCCUAGAGGGGUCCAGCACUGGGCGGGGACCAGGACACGCCCCACACGGGGCCGCAGGUAUGGAGGGGGAAGUCUGGCGGGUGUCCCCAGAGAACUUCCUCGGUUUUCUCAUCGCGGGGGAAAAAGCUCCUCCUUCCUAGGGCUGUUAGCUAGUCAAGCUCUCGGCCAGUGCUGGGCACAUGGUGGGUGCUCACUACUAAUGGGUCAGCGGCUGUGAGCUCAGCUUCGAGCUGACCCUCCGCUCAGCCAGGAGGAACUCCGCAUAGAUGAGUGAAACCGAGUCCCUGGCGUCACAGCUCCUACUAUCAAGGGUUCCUGUGCCUGGAGCAAAUACCAAACUGCCACCACGAAGGAGUUACUAGAGUUGUCAUUUUACAGAUGAGAAAAGGAGAUGCAGAAAGGUUAGGUGACUUACCUAAGAUCAUACAGCUGGUGAGAGACAGGUUUGGCUGCGGAAAGCAUUCUCUACCUACUGAUAAUAAUUAUCUCCUGGGUGCUGAUUGCACACCAGGCACUGCGUGGCCCAUCACAACACCCAGUGAGGUGGGGGUAGCAGUGUUAUCCCUGUUUGACAACAGAGGAAACUGAGGCAGAGAGCGAUAAUAGGAGGGCUCACAGGUACUGCGGGUGGGACUCAAACCUGGGUCUUUCCCCUCUGGGAUGCUUCCAUGUGCUCAUUUCUCCUUGUGCCUCUGCCACCAGGUCCUGGCCCCCUCCCCAGAGGCUGGAUGCAGAGCAGCCACCUCGACGUCUGGCCGCCGUGGCCUCCUCUGGCGCCUCCGAGACAAGCAGGCUCGCCGAGGCCUGUUUGAGAUUGGCCCGGGCCAUGAGCUGCACCAGCUGACGUGCAUGAUGCAAGCAGGGCUGUGGGCUGCCACCCAGGUCUCCAUGGACCACCCGCCCACCGGACCGCCUACUGAGGAGGAUUUCUCUGAGGUCCUGACCCAGGUCCACGAGGGCUUCGAGCUGGGCACCCUGGCUGGCCCCGCCUUCGCCUGGCUGCGCCACUCCCUAGGCCUGGCCGAGGAGGACUAUCAGGCAGCCCUAGGCCCCGGCGGCCCCUACCUGCAGUUCCUCAGCACCUCCAAGAGCAAGGCCAGCUUCUUCCUGUCCCACGACCAGCGCUUCUUCCUGAAGACCCAGCGGCGUCGGGAGGUGCGGGCGCUGCUCGCCCACCUGCCCCGCUACGUGCAGCAUCUGCAGAGGCACCCACACUCGCUCCUUGCCCGGUUGCUGGGAGUGCACAGUCUGCGGGUGGCACGGGGAAAGAAGGAAUUCUUCAUCAUCAUGCUGAGCGUCUUCUACCCCGCCGGUCGCAUCUCCGAGAGGUAUGACAUAAAGGGCUGUGAGGUGAGCCGAUGGGUGGAGCCAGCCCCCGAGGGUAGCCCCCUUGUCCUGGUGCUGAAGGACCUCAACUUUCAAGGCAAGACCAUCGACCUGGGGCCCCAGCGGAGCUGGCUCCUCCACCAGAUGGAACUGGACACCGCCUUCCUCCGGGAGCUCAACGUGCUCGAUUACAGCCUCCUGAUGGCCUUCCAGCAUCUCCAAGAGGAUGAGAGGGGCCCGGGCAGCAGCCUCCUCUUCCGCACGGUCAGGUCUGUGCGAGGGGUACAAAGCCCGGAGGAGCCGGGAUCCCAGAACCGCCGGCUGCUGCCUGACUCCCCCAACGCCUUACACAUCCUGGACGGGCCGGAGCAACGCUAUUUCCUGGGCCUCGUGGAUCUGGCCACGGUCUAUGGGCUCCGCAAGAGGCUGGAGCACCUAUGGAAGACGCUGCGCUACCCGGGCCGGACCUUCUCUACCGUCAGCCCCGCUCGCUACGCCCGUCGCCUCUGCCAGUGGGUGGAGGCACAUACCGAGUGACCCGCGCUCGCGGCUCUCCGCAUCUGGACAAUGGGGCCAGGAACCAGCGUUGGGCUCCCCUCGCCUGCCGUUCCGCCUUUGGCCUCCAGAGGGCAGCAUCCCCCUAACUAAUACCAUGACAACACAGCCUCACUUGGUGGCGAUGCUGUGUUGGUCUUGUGCCAGGGACUCUCCUACGUUAGCUCAUUUAACCCUCAAAAAAAAAAAAAAAAAAAAAAAAAGCUAUUAUUCUCUUUUUACAGACCAUGAAAUGGAGGCUCAGGGGGUGAAGGGACUGAGCAAGAUCAUUCAGCAAUAAAUGCUGGAACCAGGA